UGGCGGGCGCCUGUCUGCGCCUGUCGCCGUGUCGCGGCAGUCGCGAGGCGCUCCGCGCGCGGGCGGCAAGGAGACUCGUCACGUGGUCGCCGCACGUCAUGGCCGCGGGCGGCAGCCGAUCCGGCUCGCCCUGGACAGAGGACGCGCCGAGCUGGGAGGCCACGGAGCGCACCCUGGCGACGGAGCUGGACGCGGGCGAGGCGCGGGUGGCGGGUGGAGUCCUGGCCGCCGUGGUGGUCGGCGCGCUGGCCGUCGUGGCGCUGCUCUUCUCCUUCGCGCUGCUCAUCGACUGCCGCAACAGGAAGAGGGCACAGGAGCAGCAACAGCACAGAGGAUCCCCCACCAGGAGGCCCCUGGCAAAGAGAGCCACCUUCCCCCAUUUCAUCAACAACGACCGCUCCAAUUGGGACGACCUCACCUUCGCGAACCAGAUGUGCGCCGACUCGACGACGGACCCUCCGGCGGUGUUCGCGCGCUCGGGGCCAUCCGAGCCCCGCACCCCGAGACACCCACUGCCCGUUUGACAGGGCUGCCACCGCGACAGGGGUACUGGUGCAAGCAUUUCACGAAGACACUAUUAUUUAAAGUUGAACUCGCCAACGGUCUAGACUUACAUACUGAACGUGGCAGAGUUGAACAGGAAGAGUGAUUAGCAACAUCUGUUUUUGUUCAAGUGUGUGUUAAGGAACUGAGGAGUCUAGCAUUUGUCUUUGUCGCAACAUUAAACAAUAUACAUACUAUGGAACAGUUCCUACUUGAGAAAGGACCGGCAGCAUUAGACACAGCACCCAAGUGCAAGAGAGAUUAAAAAUUACCCCAACUACAUUCCGGGAUAUCCAUUAUAUGUCCGAUACACAUAGUUUGGCUCUUCUUUAAUUAUUGUGGCACUCUCUGUGUGUUCAUUACAUUUGUUGCCACACACACUUCACUUUACAAAAACCAGAAAUGUAAGGUGAAAUAAUAUAUAUGGAUUAAAACACUAAGCAGAUUAUGGAAAUUAUUGAACAAGUUUUCUUGUACAUAAAAAUAAGCUUUUGAUGUUAUUAAGAGAAAAAUAAAAAUUUUGUUACAAUAUUCCGUA